GGGGGGCAACCGUAAUCAGUAUGGUGUCUGAAAUCAUCAUGUUUAGCAUCAGCUGCAAGGAAACAACAACAAUAAAAACAUUACCACCUGUCACUGCAUUUUCUGGCAAACUUUGCCAAAAUUAACUUAAUUAGCUGCAAGGUAAAGAACCAACAUCAGUUCCAAGCAGUCAUGGUGUCAAUCAGAAUAUUGCUGCUUUAUCUUGUGGGCUUUGCCCAAGUUAACUUAAUCUUGUCUCUCACUGAUCCUGGAGAUGCUGCUGCCCUCCAAUCAUUGAAAGCUCAAUGGAAAAACACACCGCCUAGCUGGAGCAAGUCCGGUGAUCCUUGUGAUGCUCCAUGGGAAGGGGUAACAUGCAACAAUUCAAAGAUCACUGCACUGGGUUUAUCCACUAUGGGGCUCAGAGGGAAGCUUAGUGGUGACAUUGGGGGUCUAACAGAGUUGAGAUCACUGGACCUCUCUUUCAAUCGAGGACUCACUGGUUCGUUAACUCCAAAACUAGGAGAUCUACACAAACUGAAUAUUCUGAUCUUGGCAGGCUGUGGUUUCAGUGGUAACAUUCCUCCGGAGCUAGGCAACCUUGCAGAGCUGUCUUUCUUAGCACUGAACUCCAACAACUUUACCGGUGAAAUACCUCACUCUCUCGGUAAUCUCUCAAAACUUUACUGGCUGGAUUUGGCGGACAACCACUUGUCAGGAUCUAUUCCUGUCUCAACACCCAACACCCCAGGCCUGGAUCUCCUUCUGAAGGCAAAGCAUUUUCACUUCAAUAAAAACCGGCUUUCAGGAUCAAUUCCAUCUAAGCUUUUCAGUUCAGAGAUGAUUUUAAUCCACGUACUUUUUGACGGAAAUCAACUAACUGGGACCAUUCCAUCCACCUUGGGACUUGUUCAGACUCUUGAAGUUCUACGGCUUGAUCGAAAUUCGUUGAUAGGGGAGGUACCAUCCAAUCUCAACAAUCUCACCAGUGUCGUUGAAUUGAACUUAGGGCACAAUAAACUGACUGGUACAUUGCCAAAUUUAACGGGAAUGGAUUCCCUCACCUAUGUGGACUUGAGCAACAACUUCUUUGACGACUCAGAAGUACCAGAAUGGUUCUCAACUUUACUGUCUCUCACUACACUAAUUAGUGAGUAUGGUUCAUUUCAAGGGCCUGUUCCUCAAAAGCUAUUCAGUGCUCCGCAGAUGCAGCUAGUGAAAAUGAGAAACAAUUCAUUCAACGGAACAUUGGAUAUGGGUGAUAGUAUUGGCCAACAGCUCCAGCUUGUUGAUUUUGAGAACAAUAAAAUUUCCUCGGUGACACUUGGCUCUAGAUACACAAAUACCUUAAUAUUGAUUGGAAAUCCAGUCUGCAUCACUCCACUUUCGAGUACUGAUUACUGUCAGGUUCAGCAGCAAAUAAGAAAACCCUAUUCUACCAGUGUAGCUAAUUGUGGUAGUAAGCAAUGUUCAGCAGACGAGAAGCUAAGUCCUCAAAGUUGUGAGUGUGCAUAUCCCUACGAAGGGACUGUGUAUUUUCGAGGACCUUCAUUCAGGGAAGUGACUAAUGCAAACCCCUUCCACAAAUUGGAAAUGAGCUUAUGGGUGAAACUAGGCUUAACUCCUGGCUCUGUUUCUCUUCAGAAUCCUUUCUUCAACAUAGAUGACUACCUUCAAAUUCAUCUGGAAAUCUUUCCAUCUGGCAAAAAAUACUUUAAUCGGUCAGAAAUUAUGAGGAUUGGCUUUGAUCUUAGUAAUCAAACAUUUAAGCCACCCCCAGAGUUUGGGCCAUACUAUUUUAUUGCAUCACCUUAUGUCUUCCCAGCCACAAAUGGAAGGAAUUCUGUUAGCUUAGGCGUUAUUACAGGCAUCGCUACUACUUGUGCCUUUCUUGUAGUAUUGGUUUUGGGAGUGGGCAUUUAUGCUGUACGGCAGAAAACACGUGCUGAGAGAGCUAUUGGUUUAAGUAGACCAUUUGUGUCCUGGGGUUCAAGUGGUAAAGAUAGUGGUAGUGCUCCACAGUUGAAGGGAGCUAGAUGGUUUCCAUAUGAUGAACUAAAGAAGUGCACCAAUACUUUUUCUGAACGCAAUAAGAUAGGCUCUGGGGGCUAUGGAAAGGUGUAUAGAGGUGUGCUAUCUGAUGGUCAGCAAGUGGCAAUCAAGCGAGCUCAACAAGGAUCAACACAGGGUGGUCUCGAAUUCAAGACUGAAAUUGAAUUGCUUUCAAGAGUUCACCAUAAGAACUUAGUUGGCCUUUUGGGUUUCUGUUUUGAACAAGGAGAACAAAUGCUGGUGUAUGAAUAUAUGCCCAAUGGAUCACUCAGAGAGAGUUUGUCAGGAAAAUCUGGCAUUUAUAUUGAUUGGAAGAGAAGACUGCGCAUUGCUUUGGGGUCAGCUAGAGGAUUAGCAUAUCUUCACGAGCUUGCAAAUCCUCCCAUAAUACACAGGGAUGUCAAGUCUACUAAUAUACUGUUGGAUGAAAACUUAACAGCCAAGGUUGCAGAUUUUGGUUUAUGUAAGUUGGUUUCUGAUAGCGCCAAGGGUCAUGUUUCUACACAAGUCAAAGGAACACUGGGUUAUCUUGAUCCUGAAUACUACUUGACACAACAGUUAACAGAGAAGAGUGACGUGUACAGCUUCGGAGUAGUCAUGCUUGAAUUAGUAACAGCUAAGCAACCAAUUGAGAAGGGGAAGUACAUUGUCCGCGAGGUUAGAAUGAUGAUGGACAAGAACACGGAAGAUUUAUGUGGCUUGAGGGUCAUGAUAGAUCCAGUCAUCAGGGAUAUUCCAAAUUUAAUUGGGUUUACAAAAUUUGUCGAGCUAGCAAUGCAAUGUGUUGAAGAAACUGCUUCAGACCGUCCAACGAUGAGUGAUCUGGUAAAAGAGAUAGAAAGCAUUCUGCAAAAUGAUGGGUUAAAUACAGGCUCAACAUCCACAUCCUCUUCGGUCACUGAAUUUGGAGCCAACAAAGCGAGUUAUAGUGGUGCCUUUGACUAUAGUGGCGGAUACAAAUUAUCGACAAAAGUAGAACCCAAGUAGCACUUUUUUACCAGCAUAAGUUGGUGGAGUUGAUGUGGAACUCACUUUGUGAUUUGGAGGUCACAGGUCGAUUCCCAUCAGCUGCGAAAAUGCUUGGAGUAGCACAAGCUUUGACCCGCGUAAUUGGAUUACCUAACCUGUGAUAAAUGUUGGUUUAAUAUGGUCUUUCUUCUUACCUAGUAUAUACAUAUAUCAAAACAAAAAAAGUUACACACUUUUUUUCCUUUUCAACCUUUAAUGUUUCACUAAUAUUAUAUGA